AUGCGCAGGGAGAAGCGUCGUUUGCAGUAUGAGGAGCGCAAGGUGGAGAAGAAACUCAAGCGCAAGGAACAGAAGCGCAUUAAGAAUGCCAGCGGACUUAUUCCGCCGCCCAAAGAGCUGGACAUGAGCGAAGAGGCCGUACUGCGCCGCAAGGAACGCGCAAACGCUAAACGCGAGGCGUAUCUUAUGGCUGCAGAAGAAGGCGUCAAGGUCGUGAUCGACUGCGAAUUCGAAGAGAAGAUGACCGACAAGGAGAAGAAGAGCCUCUCGCAGCAGAUCAUGUUCUCCUACGGAGUGAACCGAAAGAGCCGCACACCCAUGAAGUACGUCGUGUAUAUUACCUCUUUGCACGGUGAUACCAGAAAUAAUUUGGAGAAUAUCUGCGGCUUUCACGAGUGGCUGGCGUUCACUGAGUCGUCGAAGAGCUAUAUGGAUUUCUUCAAGAAGGAAUCGCUCGUGUAUCUUACAGCAGACUCGCCUAACAUCAUUACGAAGCUGAGCCGUGACAAGGUGUACAUCAUUGGCGGUAUUGUGGACCGCAACCGUUUGAAGGGUAUCACGUACGAGAAGGCGGUGGAACAAGGCAUCGAGACUGCUAAACUGCCGCUUGAUGCUGUCGUCGAAAUGGGCGCUGCUACACGCGUGCUGACUGUCAACCAUGUAUUCGAAAUUCUGGCGCAAUUUUCAGAGAUAAAGGACUGGGCUCAAGCCACUUUAGCUACGCUUCCGUCGCGCAAGGGUGCCCAUUUAAAGCAGGAGUAA